AUGAAAUUGUAUUUGUAUGAAGGAGAAGUUUAUAAGGUUAAGAAUAUUGAUUUUGAUUUUUUAGAAAUAAAAACAGAUAAAAUUAUACGUUUAAAUAAAGUUGAAUUGAUAAGAGUUCCUAAUUUUACUGAACCAAACAAAUUAAAUCUUCUUAUUAUAAAUUAUUAUAAAAUAUACGAUAAAAAGUUAGUUGAUGUAGAACUUAAGUAUGAUGAAUUUAGUGAGCUUGUUGUUCAAAAAACAAAAAGAGUUCUUUCAGAAGUUUUUUACGUAAAGAAGUCAUUUGAAGUAAAAUUAGUUAAAGAAAAGGAAUUUGAAAAGUUUUAUUGUUAUAAAAUAAUAAACUUUACUUCCGAACCUUAUUGGGUCGAAUCCUCAUACAAGACAAUUAAUUACAAGGAACACACUUUAAUUAACAAAAAAGAAAUUAUAAUAAGAAUUAGAACAGAAAAUAUAUUUUAUGAUUUUGAUUUGAGAGUUUUUUAA